AGUCUAAACAAAGUUGCCCAGACUUCCCUCUCCCCAGUCACUUCCUCCAGCUCCUCUGGAGUGAUCCUGAGGCGUUCCCAGACCAGCUGAAAGACAUAAUCUCUCCAGCAUGUCCUUAGUCUUCCCCGUGUCUCCUCCCAGUGGGACAGACCCGGAACACCUUUCCAGGGAGGCAUCCAGAAGGCAUCUGGAUCAGAUGCUCCAGCCUCCUCAGCUGGCUCCUCUGGAUGUACGUUUUACAGAGAUGUGCAGCACUGACACAAAGAGCUUGUGGCCCGCCCCCGUGUAUUUACUACAUCAUGAGUCUUUCCAUGUUUCAGCAUAAAUCCAAACUUAUUGCUGCUUUAAAAAAACAGUUUUCCUGUCAAAUACACCGGUCUGUCCUCUGUCUUUGUGAUCCAUUCUGACCCGACAUGUCGCAUCCUCUCCUGCCGGGCUUAUUAACAUCAUCUAUCACUGACCCACUUCCAAACCUGAAGGAGUCUCUUCCCUCCCAUGGCUGUGGUCUGCAGCCUCCUCUCACCCCCUUCACUGUAAUGUUCAAGCCAGGUUCCCCAGAAAGGAAAGGGCAGGGCUGGAUGGAGGGAUGCAGAGGGGGGUAAGAUGGAGGGAGUGUGAAAGAGAGAGAUGGAGAGGCAAACAGGCUUUGAAUACAAAUGAGCUGACACACAUAAUUCCUCCCUUCCCCUCUUCCUCUCCAUCACUGCCUCGCUCUCACACUCUUCCUCCUUCACACUCGCGCUCGCUCCGUCUUCUCAUCUGGAGCGCCGCAGCUCGGGAGGUGAUUUCAGCCACUUGAUUUAUUAGCCACCGCUGGUUGUUGGAACAAGCUAAUUAAAAGGACGCCUUUUGUGUGUGUCUGUGCACAAUCUGGAAACGCCACUCCUGCCGACUGCUCUGUCGUGCUUCACUGUGGACCAGCAAGGUGAGCACAGGCAGGAAGAUAAACAAAAGACUGGAUAUUUCCACAUCUCCUCAGCGUAAUCUAAGCUGACAUGAGCAGAACGUAGGAGUUCCAACACCCAGCAGACGUCGUGAAGGGAUUUAAGGAUACAGACUCGGGAAGAUGGGUUGGUUCAGAGAAAAAGACAAAGGGAGAGCGGCUGAGCAGAAACCAGGCGUGAAGAGCAGCAGCUCAAUCCUUCCUUGCUUUCUGUUUGUGGAGCUGGUGAUCAUGGCUGGGACGGUGCUGCUGGCUUACUACUUUGAGUACACUGACACCUUCCCCGUGCACAUCCAGGGCUUCUUCUGCUACGACAAGUCCUUCUCCAAGCCCUAUCCUGGUCCGGACGAACGGAGCAAGAUCCCUCCCGUGCUCAUCUACUCGCUGGUCACAGCCAUCCCAACAUUCACAAUUCUCGUUGGAGAGCUGUGUGCUUUCUUCACCAAGGCAGAGGGAACCCAGGAGAAGACCAUCGUCACUGCAGACUGCUGCUACUUCUACCCCCUGCUGAGACGCAUAGUCCGCUUCCUGGGUGUCUAUGCCUUCGGCUUGUUCACCACCACCAUUUUCUCUAAUGCUGGCCAAGUGGUGACAGGAAACCAGACGCCUCACUUCCUGUCCGCCUGCAGACCGAACUACACAGCGCUGGGCUGCCAGUCGACUAUGCAGUACAUCACAGAGCGGCGGGCCUGCACGGGCAACCCGCUGAUCGUCAUGUCUGCACGUAAAUCCUUCCCGUGUAAGGACGCGGCGCUCAGUGUGUACUCUGCCCUGUACACAGUGAUGUACGUGACUCUAGUCUUCAGGACCAAAGGCACACGCCUCACAAAGCCCACCAUCAGCCUGACCCUGCUCUGCCUGGCCAUGCUGGUGGGUGUGGUGAGAGUCGCAGAGUAUCGCAACCACUGGUCUGACGUCCUCGCAGGGUUCUUCACGGGGGGAGCCAUAGCUGUGUUCCUGGUCACCUGUGUAAUUAACAACUUCAGACAGCUGCAGCCCUGUACCCCCCCACUGCCAGCACAGCACCCCGAGUCAGUCCUGGGAGUCCCAAUGGUCUCCCUGCCCUGCGUGGAGAGUCCAGUCGAUAAGUUAAGUGGCCCUCAGCAUCCUGCACUCGCCCCCUCAGCCUCCUCCCAGCCUUACAACGCCUACCUCCAACCAUUCUAGCCUCUUCUGACCUCUCCUCAUUUGUCAUCUGUUUGCUUAUUUCUGUUUUAACUCCUGCUCCUCCUCACCUCGCGCAUCGCUCUUGAUUAUUCUUUUUCUUCACUCCUCUCUCUCCUCCUCCACUGGCCCCCGUCCUCUCUCUCUCUCACUCCGCUCUGUCCCCUGCAGACCUCUCGGAGAUCUCCUUUCACCGAGAUCACAUGACCAGCAGCCCUAUCGGUUCCCCACCAGCCCCGAUGUCCUCACACCGUCUCGCUCCAUUUCCAGCGAAGCCUAGACCAGCCGGAGCAGCACUCGCCGCGCUGCGCCGCCCUGCAGGCCGGGCGGCGCGCAGCACUGCAUCGCUCCUACUCCACUCAGGUCUAGAGCACACGGACAUCACCCAGCUGCCCUCUCAACCCCCGGGGAACCGAUAGGCAAACUCUUUAAGACUUUAAUCUUUGCUGGACAUCCAGUGAACGUUUUCUUCUAUGAACUCCAACCACACAUGAAGCCCACUUUGAUCUUCUGUGGAGAACUCUGCAAGAAACUAUUUCUAGAGAAUGUCCUCUGCUUCUUUGUAUGGAGGGGCUCACCUCUGUUUGAAGGAGCAGCUCAAAGGAACGCUGCUUUCAGGUGGGCUGCCCAAAGACGGAGACGCUGGACCAAAGAAAUCCACAGCAAGAGGAGUGUGGUGCUGAAGCCAAGCACCCCUUUGCCCUUACCCUCCUUAUCUUAUCCCAUGCACAAACAGACACACGGACACCUGCAGUCUGAGCAGCGGAGCCCUCGUCAGCCCGGCGUGAGCUUUACCCACAUCAAAGAGCCCAUUUCAUAUCGCUCUGCAGAGGCGACGCUCAGAAGCAAACCGGAUGAAAGUGCAGACAUCUUCAUCCAGCUAUCUCUGCCCUUUUGUUGUUGUUGUUUUUUUAUCAUAUGGUUGCAACUUUGCCAAAUUCCUGAAACUGCAGGAGCAGAUAAAGUGGCAGACAGGCAGGAGCUCACACUGAACAAGUGUGUAGUCAUGCAAAAACAGAUGCCAGCUGUUUUUUUUUCUUUUUGCAUCACUUCAGUGAUCUGAUUCCCACGUGGUUCAGCAUUAUUUUCUCCACAUGUACUGUGUAUAACUUACAGCUCGCCAUGAGUGCCACGCGUGGCUCCACAGUUUUGCUCGUUUUGAUUUGCACACUCCCUUUAAUCCUGGUUCCUUUCCUUCUUUGACCGACAUCCUUCAGCGUCGGAUGAAUCCCUGUUUUCUGGCCGUGCUGCCGCCACUGUGCUGUGAAAUAUUUCCCUCUGCUGGACACAACACACACAUGCACGGACAGAGAACGUGCACACAUACACACAAUAAACACCUGUUUUUGUGAAGCACAUGUUUGUGUACUGGAACAUUUUUAAAAAGCACAUCACACUCAUCCCCACGUCUUUACUCCGAUUCCUUACUCUGUAACCCAUUUGUACCAUACUGUGCAUAGAAUUUUUGUACUGAGAGUUUCUUUUCUACAAUAGUGUCUCAGAAAAUUUGUGAAAAUUCUUGCAUUUAUGUAACAGUGAUGCAAUUAUGUGUGACUUUGCUAAAUCCCUCUGAGUCCAUCCAGUUGAAAAGAGGCCAAAACUAUUCAGUCAGUAGAAGAAGUCAAUGUUCCUUCUGUUAAUUCCUUGUUUCUGUGUUUUUUUUGGUAAAAAAAGGAUAUGGUAUGAGCCAAAUGUUUGCUUUAUUUGGCAAUGCUAACACAUAACAGAAAAAAAUGGGAAUAGAAAGGUUGAGAACAUUUUCAACAGCAUAAAAACAACCUCUGGCAGCAAUAAUGUUUUAUCUGUCUCUUUAACAGUUUUUCUCCUUUAAAUUGAUUCAUUCUAUGUACAAUUUCGAACAUCAUUCAUUUUAUUACUCCUAAUGUUUUUUGUUGGAUACCUUUUCCUGAGUUUUUUUUUUUCCCCAAGUUUGAAUUUUUUAUAUCAAAUGCAUAAAAAAAUGAUGAAAUAGCUGAAGUUUUACCUGUCUGCUAGACGGCCCUUCAUUUGUUCUCACAGCAUUCUGGUCUGCAGAGAAGUUCAUGGUCAACUCAGUGAAUGCAAAGUGUUCAUUUACGAAGGCUGCUGCAAAAACCUGCAACAAAAACAUGCAAGAAAUGUGAAAAAUGUAACACUUCUGUUCAUUUUAUUAGGUAAAAAUUUGGUAUUUCAUGCAAACACUUAAUCUGGUUGUUCUUACAUUUAAAGUCCCACUCUGAUCAUCUUUCAUGUGUUUUCAAAGCGUUCCAGUGCUCUUUUAAAUAUGAUUAAUAUAUUUUUAAACUAAAAUUAAAAAAAAUCUGUGUUGUUUUCUAGGUCAUAGUUUCUGCAGAGCGACAGGAGUUGUCAAGGAUCAACCUUACCCCCCUUCACCUCACCGUUGCUGAGAACUUAGAGUGGCCUGACCAGUGUAUUUCACAAAAACAAUCUUUUUUAAACUGGAUUUUUUUCGUCUGCUCCUAAUUUGCAACAAUUCAAAUAAAGAAAUAUUCAGAAAAGCAAUUUUAAGGUCGAUUUUCUUAGAAUGUGUCCACCGUUAUGAGAAAAUGCCACAGGAAGAUGUCAAAAACAAUGUUUUCUUUGAGAGGGUCUUUAAAAAAUCAAAUUAAGUUGUUUUAAUGAGCCUGCAUUCAUCCGACCACAUUUCCCUGAGUUGCUGUGUCUCAUUUUUACUUCUAUUCUAUUUCGUUUACAUCCAGUAAUGCCUGGCUACGGUUUUGGCUCAGCUGUUCCGCUUCAAGUAUGGAACCUAUUCAGACUGAGGAAACUCAGUGAACCAAAACUCAGUCCGAUUGGAAACAAACCGAGACCACCUCAAAAGAUGGGUCAGAGAACGGUUCUUGGUUCUAGACCAGGGUCCACUUGAGUGGAUACAGACAGAAAACGUGUUCAGAUUAUCGGGGAAAAUGAACUCUGGUUCACUUUAAACCAGGGGUGUCAGUUAUACGCCAGAUGAAAGAAAAAAAUUUAAGGAUGUUGAGGAAAAAAAGCACGUUUCUAGCCCAUUCCUGUGAUAAGUUAUGGUUAUUUUAAAAAAAUGACCGCAAUGCACAUUCCCACCACUUGGGGAAGCAAAGGAAAAGAAAUGUUGGCAUAACAAGAGAUCAAGAAAUAAACAGCAUUUCUUUACAAGGAUUCUCCCUACAUUUGGGUAAGAUGCAGUUACGUUCCCUGCCAGCUUUACUGCUGUUAAUUUAUCAGGUGUGAUACCACAAUUACCAAAAUGUCUUUGUCAAAAAGAUAAUAAUAAUAAUAAUAAUAGCUAUAAUAAUAAGUGAUUAGACUACUAGGCAUUUUUUCCAACCCAGGAAAAAAAUAAAUAAAAGCAAAGCUACAGAUGAUCCUAGGCUAUUUUACUGUUCUGUUUCUGGUCCGGCCCACUACAGAUCAGACGGGUUGAAAGUGGCCCCUGAACCAAAAUGAGUUUGACACCCCUGCUUUAAGCGAACCAAAUGUGUCCACGUAAGAAUUUUUCAUGGUUUUACAAAGAACCAGUAAAAUGAUCCCAUAUUAUAACCCCUCCACCACCAUGCUUGAUAUAUGUUUAUAUUUGUGUUGUUUUUUUCCUGAAAAAAUACAAUUUCACUCUUUAGGAAAAACUUCUUAUUAACAGAAGUAAACAUGGGAUUAAAAUGUGGACAUUAGCUGCUGUGGUGUUACGCUCACGUUUUUUUUUAAAUAUAGGAACCUUAAGGCUUUUUUUACACAAGCCAACAAGUUUUCUAAAUGAACCUCUGCCUUUUCCUUCCUGUCUAAUUAAACUGUUUUCUGUUUAAGACAAUCUCCUAAAGAACCUCCAAGCACAUCCCUUCUACUGUUGACACUUCUGCCGUUUUCAUAGGUUAAUUUAUAACAAACAACUGGACCUAUUUCUAACAAGAAGACCAGAUACGUCGAAUUCGACUGAAAUUGUAGGUGUGUUCAUUAAAGCCCAAAGGUCGAAAUGAAUUUGGUGAUAAAUCUUUAUUUUCCCUGUGUUGAACUGAAACACUGAAGGGAAUGUGAUCAAUCAUGUGAGACCGUGCUGGUUGACUCUCAAACAUGACGCUAGUGUUUUGUAAGAACAUUAUAACUGAAAUGCAUUAAAAUAAUCAAGUAACUGAACAGCAAGUAGGCCCUGCAGUGUUACAGAUCAAGGUCUGAUCAUAACAAAAUAUGCUUUUAAAAUAUUCUUAUUCAUAAGAAGUAAAGUAUUUUUACUGAUGUCCAGCCAGUUCAGGGGAGAACUGUUUUAAAGUUGAGCCUUAAAAACUAAUUUACACUUAUAAGCAAUAUAAAUUCAUCAGAUCAAUAAAGAAAGUUUGGAAGAAGCUUCACAUAUUUAAUUUUAAGUUAUUGGAAACUGUCAUUAUAAAAAUAAAAGAUAUUGAUCAUUUGAAGACACUAAUGAAAAUGGUGUUUGGGGUGUUUUUAACAUCUUCUUUUAGAGUUUUUCUGAUGAUGGAGGGCAUUUAUACGAUAAUUUAUGUUCUUUAUACAAAUCAUUGUUCAUCAGGAGCAGAUGAAAAAAGGCAAUAGGAAAAAGCUUGAAGUUGUUAUAGAAAUUCUAAUCAGUAAUCCACAAGCUCCUUGCUCCGCUCCAUUCAAUGGGAGCAAGGAGCGCAAGGUCCCUUUUGCACACAAAUCCAAAGUUAUGCACAAAUCAAGAAUUACACACAUGCCCAAAUCUGGGUGAGUCUAUUUUCUCUCCAUAUAGUAGAAUCUUGCGUAGCAAUGUGUUAACAUGAUAGUUUUGGACACAGAAGCCAGAAACACAUUUACAUAGACUUUUCAUUGAAAGUGAACGCACGUUGUUGAGGCUGGUGUGAACCUAGCAUGACAGUUAGGUCUUUGGUCGAUUUGGACCACUCCAGAUUUUCAGAUUGUUUGCUUCAUGUGGCUGAUAGGAUUAGAUCAGUCAAACUCUGAAAGCGAGGGAGUUAGUAACCUUAAGCGUUUUAGAUGCACCGGAGACGCUGGUUGAGUGUAGAAACGGCUGCUUGGCAUGAGACUCAUGUGGUGAUGCAGCACUGGACCACAGGAUUCAUGAGGCAAUAGGAGGCUGGGUUGCUGCAGGUGAAUCAUGUGACCUCACACAUCAAAGGACAGAAAGUCUUUGAUGGAAAGAGAAACUAAAGACGCUCAUCUUGAGAGAAUCCAUGUGGUUUUCAAAAUAAAAGGCCACUUUGAGUUUUGCCAAAUGGACCGUCCUUAUGUAACAGGUGAAUUGUACAAACAGAGCGAACUUUGAUUAUUCUACGCACUAUAACCCCUGGCGGUAUGCCUGACCCUCUGGGUGACACAUUAACCCAAAGUGUAACUCUCAAAGGGUCCGGAAAAGGUUGAAAAUAUCUCUCAGGUCAACGUGGUUCAGUAAGAAGAUUGAAUUUCUUUCAAGGAUGACAAUCAGAGAACCUGCCUGUUUUUUCUUUGUGGUAACACAAAUGGAAACACAACCGAUGGAAAGCUAACUGGACUGACAACUUUCCACAGCUGGUAUCUGUGUGACCAUUCCUGUCAAACGUGAAAUAAUCCCGUGGAAUAUGUGUUGCAGGUUCCCAAACAAUGGUGCAUUGUGGGUUUUUGUUGCCAGCGUGAGUGAAGACUGUGUGAAUGCAGUCAUCACUGGUGUGCGAGUGCUGCUCCAAGCAGCAAAUGAGAUUCAAGCGAGUGAACCCUCAAAGUGAAACCCCCUUCUUGAAGAGGCAGACUCUCCUUUUGUUCAGCUGUCAGACGCCCAGCUUUACUUUCCUGUAAAGUCUUUGGUAACUUGUUUAAAAUCAAAGAACAAACACGCAGCGGCUGACUGACAUGCGAAUAAAAAGCACCUGUCUCCGUCUGAUCUGCAGCUCUGAGGGACGGCCGCGCUUCCUUUGAACCUGCUGCAGAAGAACCCUCUGUUUUGUAGAGAUUUGUGUGAUGAGAACAAUAAAUGGAUAUUGCAAUAA